CUCAUCGGCACUGCAAUUACGUGGACACUUAUUAAAGGCUAUAAAUGUUGUUGGAAAGUGUGCAGCUCUCUGGUUCUUUAACAGAUGACGCUCCUGAAGUCUGAAAUGACCCAGAUGAAGCUCUGGAGAAUUGGACUCCUGCUCUGGAUGUGCGCAGUGACCAGGUCUCUGGGUGCAGUGUUAUCAUCAGCACUGUCAGUCAGACAAUGUGUGAUUUUGGAGUACACCAGUAUUACCUGUUAUUGGGAAUCAACAAACUUCACACUCAGCAACCGCAGCUACAGACUUCAAGUUAACAAAACUGAUUGUGAGACCAAAGGCAUCUUCAUCCCUGUGGGUGUGUGUGAAAGCAGAGGCUCCAACUGCUCCAUUCAGCCCAUUGAUUCUGCAUUUCACUGUUUCUAUGCCGAUGUGCUGGUGUCCACACAUGCUGGACCCAUACGCUCUCCACGCUUCUUCUUCUUUGGUAUCAGUGAAGUGAAGCUUCGUCCCCCACAGAUUACAAAAAUCGGGCCAUCAGCAAGGCAGCCCGGGUGUUUGGAGGUGGUCUGGGGGAAAACCAACACCCUCUCUGAGGAAGAAAAAUCCUGCAGAUGGCUCCAAAUAGAGUACACCACACAUGACCAGACUCAAUCACGGACCAUACAAGCAUAUUCCAACGAAACCUUGGAGAUUUGUGAUUUAUAUGCAGGAUCCAGGUACAUGGUGAAGUUGAGAAUUCAGGACAAUCGAUCAUCUGCUCACUGGAGCUCAUGGACCUCUGAAGACAUCAGGACAGAUGAGAAAGCCCCAUCUGCUGCUCCUCGGUUCUGGAGACACAUCCAGCAUGCUGAAGAAGUUGGAAAGAGACGUCUCACCCUGCUCUGGAAGCCUCUCUCAUGGCCUGAGGCGAAUGGCGAUGUGCUCAGUUACACCGCGUCUUGUCGCAAUGAGGUGGAUUCUUCGCAAUGGGCCUGCAGCGCUUUAGAUUCCUCGAAAACCUCCUGUGUUCUUAUUGUCUCGGCCAGUCGCUGUCAUUGCAUUCUUUCAGCUGCUAACUCUGCCGGGACAUCACCUCCGGCACACAUCUACAUACCUGGACACGCGGACGCAGAACUCCCAGCCCCCCAGAGUGUCAGCGUCACCCCAUUGGAUGGCACACGACUGAAUGUGGAAUGGAAAGUUCCAUUGAACCAAUCAGAGACUGGCUUUGUGGUGCAGUGGAUUUCCAUACAUCACAACGGAAUGACCCAUCUGCACUGGGAACAUCUGGAUGAAACUGCUAGAAGUUUUAUUAUCACAGGUCUACUGCCAGAGGUCCCAUAUAAUCUGACUGUCAUCAGUCUCUUUGAGGGAAGAGCAGGAAAUGAGAUAUCUGUUAUUACCUUCACACGGGAAGGAGCGCCCUCUGUUGGUCCAAAGCUGACAGUGCUGCAAACCUGCAGCAGAAGUAUCACUCUGAGAUGGGACCCUGUUCCUAUGGACAAACUACACGGCUUUAUCCAAUACUACACUGUUCUGUACAGUAUAAAUGGAAAACACAAAAGGGAACAGGUAGGGGGCAGUGUUGGACAGAUAUCUCUGAGUGGGCUGAUGGAAGGUACCUACAACAUCUGUGUAAUGGCUCAUACUGUAGCAGGAGCCGCAGCUGGGCCAUGGCAGAUGGUGGCUGUGGGGCAUGAUGAUAUAGAAAUAAUCCCCAUACUGCUGUGUGUGCUACUACUGAGUUUUAUUAUUCUCAUAUUUCCUGUAUGCAUGCGGGUGAGGAUUAAACACUGUCUGUGUCCAACUGUACCAGACCCCUCAAAGAGCAGCCUGUCAAACAUUAAACCAUAUCAGCCCAGACUAACAUCCUCUUCCACCAUGAGCACCUUCAUCACUGUUGGUCAAACUUUAGGCUACCGGAGUUACAGCGAGCAAGACAAUAUCCCAGUUCAAGAGCUGAGCUACCACACCGAUCAACCUAUAAACAAUGACAAUGAGCAACCCAAAACCUACAACAGCACUUCAGUUACAACAUACAUGGACCAAAACCCACCGGUGUGUCAGCUGAGAAAUAAGCAACCAGCUCGAGCCUUUCCAGCACAUUCCAUUAACCAGAGCUACGUCAUACCAGAUCAAGUCAUAUCUGCUGAAUAUCAUGAAGACCAGCAACCGUCAUCCGCCGAUCUGUUGCUCGAUAUGGUCUUCACAUACAGAAGCAAUCAAAUGACACAUGACAAUUUGAGUGGCUACACCCAAGUUUCCCAAAUCUAUAUACCUGUCGUUAAUACAACUGUAGACUUUGAUGAGUGUUCACGCUUUCUGCAGACUUUACCAGAGGACCACAACAUGUAGUUCUUCACAGUUUAUCUGAAUGUACAUCACUAAUGUAUCAACAAUGCUGAAAUGAGCCAAUGGAGGAGAAGCAAUUUAUGAUAAAUGAGGUCUUCAUGGGACUGGCUACAUCUCAAAUCUUGGAACUAUACGGGCCUGUUUAAACUACGCUGCAAAAAUCAAAUCAAAUAUCUAAACAUCCUUAAAAUAAGACACAUUUUGUUUUAUAUUUGGGGUAAGAAAAAUAAACAUUUCAAAGUGAAAACAAGUUUAUUGACAAAUAUGCCAAAUACUUUUAACUUACUAAAUGUUUUUAAAUUUCUUUGCAGACUAUUUUGUUUUAGUUUGAUUUGUCUUGUUUGAAAAAUGUUUAGAUAUAUCAGUAUUGUUGUCAGAGAAAUUAACAAAAUGUAGUGAUAACUGUAGUUCUGCUUAAAUCAAGAAAAAAAUAUUUGGGUUAAGAAAAAUAAACUUUAUUCUAAGGGGAAAGUUUAUUUUUCUGAUUCAAAAGGGAAAACAAGUUUAUUUAUUUCUGAUUAAAAAAAACAAACAAACAAACAAACCAAAAAAAAAAAAAAACAGUUUGAUUUAUUCAAAGAGAAUACACGUUUAUUUUUUAUUUAUUUUUAUUCAAAGGGGGAAAUUAUUCGCCUUACCCCAUUGACAGAAACUUAAAAACAAGAAAAAAAUAAUAAUAAUAAAAUAAAAUUUGGGGUAAGAAAAAUAAACUAUUCAAAGGGGAAACAAGUUUAUUUUUCUGAUUUAAAGAGAAAACAAGUUUAUUUUACAUAGUUUACAAGACUAUGUUUUUUUAAGAAUAAUUCAAUAUUUUGAUAUAUUAAGUAUUGUUGUCAGAGAAAUUAACAAAAUGUAGUCAGUUUUAUGCUUAAAACAAGAAGAAAAAAACUUUAUUCAAAGUGGAAAAAAGUUUAUUUUUCUGACUCAAAAGGGAAAACAAUUUAUUUUUCAAAUUUAAGGGGAAAACAAGUUUAUUUAUUUAUAUUCAAAGGGAAAACAAGUUUAAAGGGGAAAAGUUUAUUUUUAUUACCCCACUGGUAAAUAGUUUUUCAGAAACAUACUAAAUUUUGUAUUUUUACUGGAAAACAAGACUAAAAUACAGAGUGAGAAAAUUAUUUUCCUGUUUUGAAAAAAUUAUUAUUGUGCAUUGUUUGUUUCCAUGCUGUGGUUGUAACAAAGUAAAUACUGUAUGAUCAGGAGUUACUGCAAAAUGUGAAAUUAACUCAUUUGUGUAGUUUUCAUGGCGGGGGGGGGGGGGGAACUGUAGCAUUACAUAUGAAUGUUAUCUGUCAUGUUUAAAUCUGUUAAGCAGACCAACUGGCUGCCUGUUAAGAUGUGAAAUCUACAAAAUAACCCACCAAAUGUGAACUAUACAAAGGGGCCCAAAUGUCUGACACCACUCAUCAAAAUGCCUCUAUUUUGCAUAUAAUCAGCAUAACAAUUUGAGGGAAAAGUUUGUGAGUAAAUGUGGGUAAAUGAUGGCAGAAUUUUCAUUUUUAGGUGAACUAUCCCUUUAACAUGGUCAGUGUCACAAAUUUGCUUACAUUUGAUCAGUGACCAAACAUAUCCCAGAAUUGUAAUGUGGUCUCAGACAUUAUGGACCUCAAUGCAUUUGUAAUGUAUAUUGUAUUUCUUUUCAUUGGGGAAUGAUGUUGUAAAUAAUGUGAAAUGUUUAUUUUUGUGUGCUGUGGCUGAAGAUAAACUGGUGUGCGACAGAGGAGAUGGACGCAGGCAUGGAUCAUGAACAUUACUUUUGUGGGAACGUUGCGAUUUGGGGCCAAAGUUCAUCACCUCUGGUCCAUCUUUCCUGUGAGUGAAAUUCUUAACAAAUUACCUCUUUGUUUAGACAGAGACGUGCCAGGCCAGUGUCACACUUACAUCCGGCUGAACAUAGCUGAUCGUCAGCAUCAGGAGCGCAGAUCGGCUGUGUGCCAGGGCCUGUUAUUCGCACUGACCUACAAAAACUGUGCUGACUCUUAGUACAUAACUCGUUCCCUACAUUCCUCUGCUCCUUCGGGAAUUUAUCAGCCUGCAAAAGUCACUCUAAAAAGAAUGAAUUAAUGCUUAGCACAAUCUUUGUCAUUCCAUUAUUGAUAACUUGAAGCACUAAUAGAUUGCAGAAACUCAAGUCUUCUAAACUGUGUGUCAGAUAGUCUGAUAUUCUGAAAGCACAUGUGUGCCAUAAACUUAAUUUUUACUUGACCAAUAA